AUGUCAACGCUGUCUUUUGAGUCCCUCUGCUUAAGAGAUGAUGAUUAUCUGUCCCCAAUUGAACCUGAAGAAGCCAAAGAGGAUGAGUUUGACACAGACUUGGAGUCUGAUGAAAAAGAGGAAAGCAACAAGGAGAUGUCUAUAUCUGAAGUGUACGUGCAGGCCUGCAGGCUGCUGGGUGUGGUGCCAGUCUCCUACUUUAUACGAAGCCUUGACUCUUCAACCAUGACACUCAGCCAUCAUGGGCUAGGACCUUUGGGGUGCAAGGCACUUGCUAUUGCUUUAGUGACUGAUAUGCACAUCAACACUCUGGAACUGGCAGACAACCACAUUCAAGCUGAAGGAGCUAAAUACCUUGUGGAGAUGCUGAGGGCCAAUUUCACCUUGCAGCACCUGGAUUUGUCCAGCAACUACCUGCAGUCUGCAGGAGCUGAGCAUGUGGCUAAAGUGUUACUGGACAACAUUUCAUUAAAAUCUAUGAAACUUUCAGGAAAUGGCUUUACUGACGAUGAUGCUAAAUAUUUUGCAGAUGCCUUGUCAACCAAUUCCAGAAUAAAGGAACUCGACCUGAGCCACAAUGAGUUUUGUGGAAAAGGAGGGGAACAUCUGGGACAACUGCUGGCAAACAACGAAGGUCUUGAGGUGUUGGAUCUAAGCUGGAACCAUCUCAGAAUGAAAGGCGCUGUGGCUUUUUGUGCUGGACUCAAGGUGAACAUGAUGUUGAAACACCUGGACUUGUCUUGGAAUGGUUUUGGGAAUGAGGGCGCCCUGGCUAUGGGAGAGGCCCUAAAAUUCAACAACACUCUGGUGUAUCUCAACCUCAACAACAACCGCCUCACCAAUGAGGGUGUCGGGAUGAUGUGCAGGGGCCUCGAGUUCAACGACACACUCCGGGUCCUACUGCUGGCUUACAACUCUUUGACAGUAGAGGGAGCACUGGCCCUGGUUAAUGUGGUGAAGAACACACCUAGAACUGCCCUGGAGGAGAUCAAUAUAUGUAAUGUGCUGGUAAAUGAGACCUUUGUGCAUCUGUUGGAGGUGACAUGUCAGGAGCAUCCUGGGCUGGAUGUUCACUACGGAGGGGUCGGAGGCUUCAUUGCUAAGAAGCCACCAAAACGUGUUGAUCCAAUGAAAGUCAUCCAGGAUUAUUUGGAUCAACGCAAGCUACGCCUGUGGGAUUUCUUUCGGAACAUCGACAAAGACGGCACCAUGCGAGUCCCUGUCGCUGACUUCAGGAAGGCCGUGCAGCAAUCAAGUAUUCCUCUGGAUCGAUACCAGAUUGAGGAGCUGAUUCAGAGACUUGAUCGUGACAGGACAGGAAUGGUAGACUACAGGGGACUAGCAGAUACGAGGAAACAGAUGAUGAGGGAUCACCGCCGCCAGCUGAGGAAAGUCGAGUCCCGCCAGAAAAAAGAGAAGCAGAAGAGCGAUCGCAUCCUCAAGACCUUCCAGAGCGCCGUGGAGGCCGUGACACCACGCAGCUCCAUGGUCAUAUCUCCAGGAGGGGCCAAAGACGAUUCAAGCGGCCCUCAGCACUUCUCUGCCACCCCUCUAAGUUCCUGGCACCACAUUGUCAUGUCCAACAGCAGCCGCUACUCCGUCACUAAUCUCAGCAAUGAGCAUGUCCACCUGCCCAUGUUGGGAGGCUCCACGCCUUACCGUCCCACCAGCUCCCCAGCCAUGCGCUCCUACUCACAGCCAAACCUGCUGGAUGACUCCCCUCGCUCUGCUCCAGAGAAGUCCAUCUCGGCCCAGGGGAUCCGCUCCGACCCAGAGAUGAGCCACAGCAAGCUGAGCCCCACUGCUAACCACCUGACCAGGUCCAGGCCCGCUCUGGAUGCCAAGCAGCCAGCAGUGGUUAAAGCUAAAACCAAGAAAGUGAAGAAAAAGAAAACCAAGAAAAGUUUGAGCAAAGGCUCAAAUAAUCAAACUGUAAAGUGA